GACUAGAAGCGUCGAGAUGACACUUUGACAGGUCAGACGGCCAUUGGCAUCGUUUAAUGUUUAUGAACGGCUAUCGCGAUCGGUGAAAGAGCCCGCACCCAACAUGAGCCCUUGGGCGACGACGGGCACCGACAGCAGUGGCGCGCGAGGGCCGGAGACACGGGACGCGUCGUGAGCCGCGGCGCCAUGGAGCGCGCCGUCGUGCGCUCGAGCGCCAGGCUCAGCGGCGGCGGCGGCGGCCCCAGCAAGAGCGGCGGCGGCGGAGACAAGGCCAGCAGCCGGGCCGAGGCGGCGCGCCGGGCGGCCGCGGCGGCGCUGGCGGCCGAGCGCCGCGCGAGGGCCCGCCAGCGCGCCGAGGAGGUGGAGGACAGCCCGAGCGUGCUGCGCGACAAGUGCCGAGAGCUGGCGCGAGUCGUGCGCCAGGCCAAGCAUCUCGUGGUGUACACGGGAGCGGGGAUCAGCACAGCGGCCGACAUCCCCGACUACCGCGGCCCGCACGGCGUGUGGACGAGGCUGCAGCGCGGAGAGGACAUCGGUCGCGUGGAAGUAUCCCGCGCGCAGCCCACUUUCACGCACAUGGCGCUGGCGGCGCUGGUGGCGCGCGGGCUGUGCAAGUUCGUGGUGUCGCAGAACUGCGACGGGCUGCACGUGCGCUCCGGCCUGCCGCGCCGCUCGCUCGCCGAGCUGCACGGAGACAUGUUCGCCGAGCGCUGCGCCGCGCCGAGGUGCCGCGCCGUGCUGCUGAGGGCCUUCGAUACUACGCAGCGCACGCGGCGUUAUUCUCACGGCACCCGCCGCACGUGUCCCGUCCCGCGCUGCGGGCGGCCACUGCGCGACACGAUCGUGCACUUCGGCGAGCGGGCACGCGCCGCGUGGCCGCUCAACUGGGCCGGCGCGCUCCGGCACGCCGCCGCCGCCGACGUCAUCCUGUGUCUCGGCUCCAGCCUCAAGGUGCUCCGACGCUACCCUCGCUUGUGGUGCAUGGCGCGGCCGGCUCGCGCGCGCCCGCGCCUCUACAUCGUCAACCUGCAGUGGACGCCCAAGGACACCGCUGCCGAGCUCAAGAUCAACGCGCGCUGCGACUCGGUGAUGCGCGAGCUGGCGCGGCGCCUGCGCGUGCGCGUGCCGCGCUACCGGCGCUCGCGCGACCCGCUGCUCGCGCACGCCACGCCGCUCGCGCCCGCCGAGCGCCACACCUGCUCGCGGCCCGUGCUCGCCGAGCCCGAGCCCGAGCCCGAGCCGGACGACAGCGCCAGCUCCGAGCCUUCCGAGUUCGACUCCUCCUCCGCGUCGGAUUCCGACGACGCGUUGCCGUUGAGGCGGCUGCAGGAGCGCUUGCGUGGCUCUCGGCCGAGAGCCAAUGGCCCCUCGAGCCCUGUAGCGAGGGCCGACGGACCUCGGGGCCCCGUGGCGAGGCUCAACGGACCUUCGGGGCCCGGGGCGAGGCUCGACGGACCUUCGGGGCCCGGGGCGAGGCUCGACGGACCUUCGGGGCCCGGGGCGAGGCUCGACGGGCCCCGGUGUCAAAGAGGCCCGCCGGAUCGACUACGUGACCUACAGUUUCCUGAACGGCCUCGGCCGCUAUCACAAAUGGAGGGCCUCCGUGAGGCGCCGCGCCCGGUGCCGGGGCUCAAAAGACUUCAGCGUCCGGCGGAACGCUCGAGUGACUCAAAUUUUCCGGUCGAAGGGCUCCGUCCACGAUCCCCGACGCCGCGCUUGCGAGACCGACAGUACCCGGCGGAGCGAUUGCGAAAUCUAGAAACCUCGGCGAAUUACCAGCGAGGCCGAAACGUCCCGGAAACUGACUUGCGGCGCCCACAAUUUCCAGAGGAGCGCCUGCGAGAUCGACAGCCCCUAUUGGACCGCUUGCAAAAUCGAGAGUGCCCGGCAGAUGGCUUGCGAGACCCACAAUUUUUAGCGGAGCGUCUGCGAGGUCCACGGUCCCCGACGGAGCGCUUACGGAGUCCUGAUACCCUGGCGGACCGCUUACGUGACCCAGAGAUGUUGGAGCCUGAAGAAAAGAAGCCCAAACUGGAGAACGGCAUUUGUGCAGUGGUUAAAGAGGAACACCUGAGAUCUUUUGAGGUGUCACUCGCCGACGGGUCGGCGCGCAUCCUCCUACACGCCGCGCACGCGCCCGAACCCAAGGAGGAGGAGGACGAGGGCGGCGGCCUCGGCCUCCCGCGGUCUCGGCCUCCGCGGCCCCGAGACCGCAGCGCGGGCCUGCUCAAACUCGGCCCCAAACCUGCCGUCAAAGAGGAGGAUUCGGAAAGCGAGGCCUCUCGGGCCGCCGCGGCUUUUAUAGCGCGGGCCGUGUUCAUGUGCAGAGGGAAGCUGUACUCCGGCCUGCACACGAUCCUGGGUCCGGCGCCGGCGCCGGAGCCGGCGGGCGCGUGCGGGUGGUGCUGGCGGCGGCUCGGCAGCCGGCGCUGCCUGUGGUACCCGGCGCGGGACCCGCGGGCGGCCGGCCGCGUGUGGCGGCGCGUGCGCGGCCGGCGCUACCUGUGCACGUGCUGCCCGAGGGACGGCGCGGACGCCUCCAGCGCCGACGAGGGCGGCGAGGGGGGGUGGUAUGGGAAGGGCUACCGGAAGGGCCGGAAGAAGAAACGGUAGCGGGACCCGGGCGCCCGGUCGCGCCUCUGUAAAUAUUUAUAUUUAUUUUUUUAAAGAGCGAAGGACGAACGGUUGUGAUCGAAGUGCUGACCUGAUUAGUUUAAUGUGCCUCGAAUGUACUUAGUGCGGCCGAGUGAGGGUCCUCGUGGCUUUGAAGACGACUCGCGUUGGGCCGCACAUACUUGUAUAGAGGCCGUCCGAGCUGACUUUGCGCCGACUUGAACGGACCGAAGCGAGGGAGUUUCAUUAUAAACGUCAAAUAUUUACAGAAAUUUUACAUUCAUGAUGACACCGCGUUAGCUUGGCUCGACUCUAAUCGAAUGACAUUGAAGUGUAGCGGCUUGUAUGCCGUGCCGCCUGCGAGGGGCGAUUUAUGAACAAACUACUAUUAGUCACAAACGAACAAAUCUUGAUGAAUGUGUGUUUAAUGAUUGAAUUUUAAUUACGGAUACUUAAAUUAAACGAUUGAACAAUGUAAUUAUAAUAUCUAAUUGUAAUGAAUUUGAACUGAAUUUUGUAUAAGUGAGGGUAAUCUUAGAACAUGCAUGGACAAAUUGUGUCAAAAUUUUAAUACAUGAAUUAAAAUAAUUAAGUGAACAAA